GUUAGAUCGGAUCUGUUUUGAAUUGUCAUGCCUACUCCUAGGACCGCACAUUGAAAUGGCCUUUUAGGCUUAGGGUCGGAGUCACAGAGCGAGUAGCAAAAGUCAGAAGGCAGUAGAAACUAUAAAGUAAAGAAUGGCAGAAGAAGGAGAGAAGAAAUCCGGAAAUGGUAACGCCGAGACAGGGUCGUUAGUAGAUAAAGACGAGGGAGAAAUUGGAAUGAAGCCAUGGGAGCAACACUCUACAGUGAUCAGCAUCCCUCGAUUCGACUACAACGCUCCCUCUUCUAUCCUUCGUCAAUCUCGCUGUGGCUUCCUCAUCACCUGCCCCAUCAGUCAGUCCCCUUUCACCCUCUCUCUCUGUAUAGUGAAACCCUGUUAAGGAAUGAAUAUUCUUAUUCGGAUUGCAAAGCUUAAGGAGUUAUAGAUUUGCUUCAAUUUUCCGCAUUCCACAUGUGGUUUCUAAUUUGGUGUAUGUGUGUGCUUUUGUGUUUGUAUGUAACAUGUAUUCAUAGAGGGAAAAAAGCGCAACAAAAGAAGCAUUUUGUAUUUUGGAAAAGCCUCUAUGAUUCAGCCCUGCAGUGAAGCCAUGG